AUGCUCCGCCCGUUAGGUUGCCUUGCCUAUCUGGGACUUUUUCUCUCAGAAUGUCUCGCGGCAACAGACAUUCGCACGGUUUACGUGAAGACGGUGGAUGGUACCCUGCGUGGAUACGCCUCAACGGUUUUGCAAAAACCAAUUGUCACUUUUUUGGGCAUUCCAUUCGCUACUCCUCCGGUAAAGGACCUAAGAUUUAAGCCUCCUAUUCCUCUGAAACCCUGGAAAGGCAUCAGGGAUGCAACGAAACCGGCUCCGACGUGCAUUCAACCUCUUCCAGAAAAAUGUAAGCUCGGGGAUUCAAAUGUGCUCCAACAAUUGAUAGUCAUAAAUUUAAUUCGCCCUGGAUUCAAUGAAAAAUUAUGCAUUGAUCGAAACCGGGAAUUUCCAUAA